CCGGUUCUCGGCUGCACUUUCCUCACGCUGUCAGAUCUGCCCUGAUGAUCGGUGCCCAGCAAUGCCACCCGCAAGUUCCGCCCACCUGUCAGCAGUGCGCCCACUAGCUCCGCCCACCUGUGCCCAGCAGUGCACCCACCUGUGCCCAGCAGUGCACCCACCUGUGCCACUCUGCAGUGUCACACACCUGUGCCCAGAAGUGCCACCUACCUGUGCCCAGCAGUGCCACCCACCUAUGCCCACCCACCUGUGCCCACCAGUGCCACCCACCUGUGCCCACCCACCAGUGCUGCCCACCAGUGCCACCCACCAGUGCAGCCCAGCAGUG